AUGAGACACUCUGAACAGCUGACAAAAAAUCUCAACAUGUUCGUAGCGGUCCUUCUUAUACCGGUUGCAGCCGUGAGCGCCUUUACGGAAAGCAGCUCUAUGCAAGUUCCGGAAAUAAGCGAAAGAUAUACGCCGCUAAAAACCUACAUGAUAUUUGACCCCUGCAAUAUACAAAAACCUGGCGGCCGAGCAGUAAGCUGUGCCCAGUUAAAGAGACUUGGAUAUAACAAGACAAAGGAAUAUUAUAUCGAACCUCACAAUCGCGUCCUCGUGCUGUGUGACAUGGAGACUGAUGGCGGUGGAUGGACAGUGAUUCAACGUCGAGCUAAAACCGAAGGUGAGGGCACCGAAUUUGAGAGAUCCCAAAAAGACUACGAUGAUGGAUUUCGAAAUUUAAAGAGUUUAUCAUAUUGGAUAGGGAACGAAAACAUCCAUGUACUCACUACCCAUCCAAAUAGCAAACAAGUUCUCAGGAUCGAAAUGACAAGAAAUACGCAAGAAAAGAUUGUCGUGCUGUAUACAACCUUUCAAGUCGGUUCCAAGGAGGAGUACUACGAGCUGACCAUCGGCGGCUACUCGAGCCCUAAUGGUUCAGAUUACGAUGCGCUGAAGCACCACAACGGAGGCGGGUUUGUAAUCGCCAGGGGAGACUAUCACCAGGACCUUUGCGCCCGAUCACCGAUAAGUGGUGGCUGGUGGUUCCCAAUUUAUAGCUGCAUGCACUCAAAUCUUAAUGGGCGUAAAGUAAAAAAAGUUCCACCUCGUACGAGGGGCUUUGCUAUUACCUGGUACAAACAACGCGAUCCGAGAUCCUACGAAUAUGUCUACGAAAGUGUGGAGAUGAAGAUCAGGGAUGCCGAUUAUGGAUUUUGCACGGGCGAAAUGGCAAAAUAAAUUCUUUGAUACCUGA